CUCGCUGUGCGCAGGCGCGCAGUUCUGCCUCCAACAACAAGAAGCAGGAGCCAGGCAACAUGGCCGACCUGGGGAAGAAGUACUGCGUUAACUGCCUUGCAGAUGUUACAAACCUACGGCUUCGCUGCACCGACUGCCCCGAUAUCGAGUUGUGUCCGGAGUGCUUCUCGGCGGGCGCAGAGAUCGGAAACCACCGGAGAUGGCACGGCUACCAGCAGGUCGACGGCGGCCGGUUCUCUCUCUGGGGUCCCGAGGCAGAGGGAGGAUGGACCAGCAGGGAAGAGCAGUCGCUACUCGAUGCUAUCGAGCAAUAUGGCUUUGGAAACUGGGAGGACAUGGCCGCUCAUGUCGGAGCAUCUCGAACUCCUCAGGAAGUCAUGGAACACUACGUCACCAUGUACAUCCAUGGAAACCUGGGUAAGGCCUGCAUCCCCGACAACAUUCCCAACCGGGUGACUGACCACACCUGCCCAAGCGGGGGCCCCUUAUCGCCCAGCCUCACCACCCCGCUCCCCCCGCUGGACAUCAGCUUGGCAGAGCAGCAGCAGUUGGGCUACAUGCCACUACGUGACGACUACGAGAUUGAAUAUGACCAGGAUGCAGAAAAGCUAAUCAGCGGGCUGUCGGUUAACUAUGAUGACGAAGAUGUGGAAAUUGAGAUGAAACGCGCCCACGUGGACAUGUAUGUGCGCAAGCUCCGAGAACGCCAGCGACGUAAGAACAUCGCCCGAGACUACAACCUGGUGCCUGCCUUCCUGGGCCGAGACAAGAAAGACAAGGAGAAGGAGAAACCGGGUACGCUGGGAGUCAUAGGCACUGCUGGUGGCAUUGGUGGGGCAGGAGCUGGUGGUGGCGUAAUAGGAUCAGGUUCCACGACCACAGCAGGAUCAGGUCCUGUUCCAAGUACACCCAAAAGAAAGAUCACCAAGGAGGAGAAGGAGCAACGGAGCAGGCUGCGGGGGCUCUGCCAGUUCAUGGCCCAUCGGGAGUUUGAAGACUUUUUUGAGAACAUGCAUAAAGAGCGUGUGCUGAGGGCUAAAGUGCGUGAGCUGCAGCGCUACCGACGCAACGGCAUCACCCGCCUGGAUGAAUCUGCUGAAUACGAAGCAGCGCGCCACAAACGAGAGAAACGCAAGGAGAACAAAAGUGUGGUCACAUCCAAACGAGGCAGCGGAGGCGGGGGCGGGCUUGGCUCUGGGAUUGGACUCGGGGGUGGAGCUGGAGGCGGAGGAGGCAUUGCUGGAGGAUUGGGGGUUGGAGGCGUGAUCAAAGAAGAGGGCAAAGAUGGUGAGUUUGCCGCCAUUGAGAAUCUGACGGGCUUUGAGCUGUUGUCAGACCGGGAGAAGGUGCUGUGCAACUCUCUCAACCUCAGCCCAGCACGCUACCUGACUGUCAAGACCAUCAUCAUCAAAGAUCACCUGCAGAAACGGCAAGGCAUCCCGGCCAAGAGCCGACUGCCCAGCUACCUGGACAAGGUCCUGAAGAAGCGCAUUCUCACCUUCCUCACAGAAAGUGGCUGGAUAUCCAGAGAUGCCUCCUAGCUGUCCAUCUUUGGUCAGGAAGUACUAACUUCAUGAUAGCUGAUUUGCUAUAAGCUCCUGAGGCAGGACAAAACUACUGGCUGUCACCAUUUUUUAAAGGUGACCUUGUGAAUAUGUACAUUGCGAAAAAAGAAGAUGCCCCACUGGAAAAAAAUAUAUUUUCAUACCAAGGCAAGGAACAAAAAUAAGCCUAUAUUUUUGCAUUUGGAAAGGGACGUGGGUGAAAUACAACUCUGUGGGUUCACAGUACUUUGUGUCCGUAUUGUUAUUCCAUGAUGGUGACUACAAUGCUAGCAAGUAUUAUGUAGUUGCAGAGACAUUUUAGCGUUAUUAUAACAGGUUCAUUGAAGAUGAAGAAAUAAUAUUUUCAAUCUAAACAGCGACGGGGCAAGAGCCAUCUCAUGCUGAAAAGAAGGGGAAAUAAGAACAUUACAUUUCCUGGAAAUGCCUAAGAGUAGUCAUGUUUUGAGGUGAAUGUUUGACAGCUGUGGCACUGAUGGGUGACCGAAAUGAUCGUCAUUGUGGUUGGUUUGUCAGGAUCUUCCAAACCCUACCUUAUAGGUGUUUCAUCAUUUAAAGAUGCACUAUCCAACUCUGCAGCAAGAGCACGCUGUUUGAAUUUUCUUACAUUUUAAGGCCUUAAUCUCACAAAAUUUGUCAUGCAAUUUCAGUGAACUCAUUUCCCUGACCUUUCUGUGGCUUCAAGGUGAGGUUCAACCAUCCUGUAGCUUUCUUGGAAAGCUGCUGCCUGAAGGCACUUUGUAUUAGAGCCCACCCAAAAUAUCAACAUAGAGCUAGGCUGAUAAAUUGGUCGAUAUUAGCUUAUCACAGAUACAUCAGUAUCGACACGUGUCAGUAGAGAGAUGCCAAAGAUUUAGAAACUGUGUUGCCAUUACAUAGUCUGUCCACCAGAGAGACAAGUUUAUUUUUCAACUGAAAAAUGUCCCGCUCUCUACAUAACUUGGUUACAAUUCUUAGAUAACCAAAUUUAAAGGAAAGUGUCAGAAAAAUUCAAUGAAUUUAUGUAGACAAAAAAAAAAGAUUGGCUGAUAUCAUGUUCAACUCUCAAAUAUCCACAUCAGUAUCCAGUAUCAACCAGGCUCUAAUUAAUAUUUUAUUUAACCUAAAAUAAGUAAAGAAGAGAAACUCUUCAAUUUUAGAGCUCCAUUUUUUGGUUUAGACCAAUAAACUUUUAGGUUUACAUAAACAGUUAGUGUAGCAUAGCACAGCUUUAAAUGUUCUACUCUCCACAUGGUACAAUACAGGUAAAGCUGAAUGUGUAAGGGCAUUAACCAAUGACACUCAAAUGCUAAAGCACAAUUCCAUGAUAGCUUUUUGUUUACCACGUUUACACCCAUUUAUCUUUUACACAUAUUGUUAAGAAUAUUUUCUCUCCUUAUCUGCUUACAGUAGCAUAAACUGGUUUGUCUCCAUGUUUGACCCCUUGUUGAGAUAGGUUUUUAUUGGCUUGAUAUUUUUCCACCAAACUUAACAUCAGUCCUGUUGUUGACCCCUUUUCAUGAUGGCAGCCUAUUAUUAGUUUUACAAAGGUAACUUUACUUUUGAAGUCAGAACCAUAACAGCAGCACUGGUGACUCAUUCUCAUUUUCCUGCUUCUUACACCUUUUUUUUUGCCAGCCGAGCUAAGCGGUGGCCAUUGUGCUAUUUAAAUGUAAAUGAAGUUAUUGAAUUGGCUGUCAUUUCGGAGAAGCUAAAAUCAAAGAGAAGAAAGGCACAUGAAUGUGUGGGUGUUAGCUAAGAUGGAAUUUGUGCUAGAUUCAUAUUCUGUUUUUCUUUACUGUGUCUCUAAUUGUUGGAAAAUUGGCGUUUUUUUGUGGGAAAUUCAAGUUGUGGGUGUCAUCCGUUCUGUAGUGGUAGGCAGGUUUUGCUCUUUUACCAAUGUGAUGGAGGAAAACACAUGAUGUUGAUAGCUUCAGUCGUUUUAGUUUAAUACAGCUGACUCAGUCAUUCAUAGCCACAUUUUAUCAGUGUGGUACUCCUCACCAUAUACCAUUCUAGUCCAACACUACAGCUGCUUUUAAAAGACAACUGAUGCUGCUCAAUAUUUUUCUUAUUAUCAACAAAUUCCAUUAAAAGACCAAAAUCAGCAAUAAAUUGAUCUACUAACAAGUAUUCCUCUAUGCUGUACAACUCAAUUGUUGUCCAAAACUAUUAAAACACAUCAGUGAGCCACACUGUUGCACUGGAUGACAUGUUCCGUUAUUACCACGAACACACACACUGUAGUUUAUUUUGACUCAAUCCCACACACACCGUCUUGCAGCCGGAAAUACUUUCUAGUGCGCUAAAUCCACAGCUGAAAGUAGUCCCCAAUAAAUACACAAUUUCCUCCUGUUUGAGUAAUGUUUACUAAAAACUACAUUGACCAGCUUUUUUGGAAAUUAAAGUAACUAUUCAUGGGCCAUUCUUUUCUAAGAUUUAUGUCUUCCAUAGGAACCAGAUGGAGGUCUUUGGGGCUGAGAGCUACAGACAGGGUAGGGAAGUUUGAAAGUAUUAAGAGACGGUUUUUCUUUUCAUGGGAUUUGUUGACAAUAAUUAAAAUACUGAAUACUGCCAGCAUUAUCUUUGAUGUCAAAAGUGGUUAUUCCAUAGCGUGCCACUGCAGUUCACCUUGUUGGACAGACUUGGUCAGUUGAAGCUAUUUGAUGUUUGAAUGUCACCUUUUGUUUAUUCCUUUAAAGAUCAUAUAGAUUGUGAUUUCUUUUUCUAGGACUUCUUUUCAUAUUUUGACAGUGGUGUCGUUCUGCAUGUGCAACCAAAUGUUCCACAUUGUUCCAAAAUGGUGUGUUUCAGUGUAAAUGUCUAUUAGGAAAAUAUGGCAGUUUGAUUUUUUUUUUUUUUUUUCUGUGGGGGAAUAUUUUCUGGAAGGGGGAUUACUUUUUGUCACCAAAUGUAAAUAAUUUUGUAAGAUAAAUUGGAGAAAGAAACUAUAAUUACUGGCCUGUGAAAUGUACAGUAUUUUGUGUCAUGAAAAUUUUUUAUAGCUUUUGUAAUAAAAAAAACAAACAGAUUUUGGAUUGCAAAGAAGAAGCAUUUUCUGACGCUGUGGGUGUAGUGAUGGCAUGCUGUUGAGCUGUUUUUCAUCUUGUUACCAGUCUGAUACUGUUGAACUGUUUUGCUGUCCUGUUAUUUUUGUUAUUUUGUUGUUGCACAUGAUAAAGUAUGUAAGGAGAUGUAUUAAAAGUGCAAAUACUUUAUACUUCUAAAUA